CAUGAAGCUCAAUUUUUAACACAAUUAGUACUUCUAAGAUCUGGGAUUGGAAAUUUAUAGGGAUCGAGAAUGAAAUACCUACUAGAUAAUAGUAGGACUCAAGGUAUUGAGUUUGGAAUUUAAAGAACGAAACUGAUGACACUAGUCCUGAAAUUAAAGGGUACUGCCUACAGCACACGUCUUUUCCUCCGCUACCAUUCAACUGUAUUAUGGAUGUGACAUUCGCAAACUGCAUAAAUAGCUACCCUUCUUCAUUUCUUUGAACACCAACCAUCUCUCGCCCUAUCGCGCACACACACACACACAAAAGACGCACUGAGCGCAGAGCGAUGGAGGUGUCUUGGGAAGACAGUGUUACAUCCUCAAUAAACACCAUUUAUCUUCUCUUUUCAUCCUACUUGGUCUUCGUCAUGCAGCUUGGCUUUGCCAUGCUAUGCGCUGGUUCAGUCCGAGCCAAGAAUGCCAUGAACAUCAUGCUUACAAACGUGGUCGAUGCAGCUGUGGGCAGCAUUUCUUACUAUCUCUUCGGCUUUGCCUUCGCCUUCGGGGAUGGAUCCAAUUCAAACCCCUUCAUAGGCACCGAAUUCUUUGCCCUUAAAGGCAUUCCUUCGGGCUCUUACAGCUAUAGCUUCUUUCUUUACCAAUGGGCUUUUGCCAUAGCCGUGGCUGGGAUAACCAGUGGCUCCAUUGCCGAGAGAACUCAGUUCUCUGCUUACCUCAUUUUCUCUUUCUUCCUUACUGGCUUUGUUUACCCAAUCGUUGCUCGUUGGAUUUGGUCAUCCAGCGGCUGGCUCAGUCCCAGCUCCUCCGGUCCCUUGCUGUUUGGUUCUGGCGCCAUUGAUUUUGCCGGGAGCGGGGUUGUACAUUUGGUAGGAGGAGUUGCUGGGCUUUGGGGUUCAUUGAUAGAGGGCCCGAGAGUGGGUCGGUUUGAUGCUUUUGGUAAGCCCGUGGCAAUGAGAGGCCACAAUUCAACUUUGGUGGUCCUGGGCACAUUCUUGUUGUGGUUUGGAUGGUUUGGGUUCAAUCCAGGUUCUUUUGAUAAAAUACUCGUGGCUUACCCAAAUACUUCUGAUCAGGGUAACUGGACCGGGGUCAGUCGGACAGCCGUUACGACCACGCUGGCUGGAUCCACUGCGGGAAUUGUCACCCUGUUCGGCCGGCGGAUACUGGUAGGCCACUGGGAUGCACUGGAUGUUUGCAAUGGAGUGCUUGGUGGCUUUGUUGCCAUUACAUCUGGCUGCUCUGUUGUCGAGCCAUGGGCUGCAAUAUUUUGCGGAUUCGUCGCAGCUUGGGUCUUGAUUGGACUUAAUAUUUUGUGUUUGAAACUUGGAUUUGAUGAUCCACUGGAGGCAGCCCAACUCCAUGGAGGUUGUGGGGCUUGGGGGGUGAUUUUUACAGGUUUAUUUGCGAAAGAGGAAUUUAUUAUUCAAGCAUACAAUUCAGGCGACAGCAGUGUCUCGCGACCUUAUGGGCUGCUCCUGGGAGGUGGCUGGGGCCUGCUUGGAGCCCAAGUCAUUGAACUGCUAGUCAUUUUUGGCUGGGUUAGUAUCACAAUGGGGCCCAUGUUCUAUACGCUGCACAAGCUGAAAAUCUUAAGGAUAUCUGUGGAAGAGGAGGUUGCUGGUCUGGACGUCUCCCGCCAUGGAGGAUACGCCUACAACGCUCUCCAACAAGAAGGAAACAGGACCUCGAUUUUACGCUGAAUGCGCGCGGCUGCAAAAUGACGAAUAAAUUGUUCUUCUUCUUCUUCUUGUCUUCUGAGUCUUGGGUGAGUUAGUUGGAUGAUCAUCAACUGUAUGAAUAUCAACGUUUCAAGAUUUUAUUCCUCCAAACCUUUUAAUGCUUUUCUAA